GAUCGAGAUCAGUUGUACUCGUGGCUUACAACCGAUCGGUGUGGAAAAUUCGGAAGUCGUUUCAAGGACUGAUCUCGGGGGAGAAACGUUGCUCAUUCGAAGGGCACCUUCGGUGAUACAUUUUUUUCCUCGCAAAGUGGUGCUAAUUUUCGUAACGACGGUUUGGCUGUAGUUGCUGGAUAUCGUAUGGACACGAGUGUUCAAUAAUACAAGUUAUGAACUACCAGAGGGUGGCAGCGAUGGAAAACGGUUUAAAGAAGGAAAAAUUUUGCGGCGCCAACAAAGAUAGCAAGAGCAUUAUCAAUGGACUGAAUCAAGCCAAUGGCAUCGCCCUGUCUGUAUCCAUACCGAACGUUCCCAUUCGCGAGAAAUGGGGCAAAGGAGUGGAGUUCAUGCUGUCCUGCAUCGCUUAUUCUGUGGGAUUCGGCAACAUUUGGAAGUUUCCCUAUACGGCACUGGAAAACGGAGGAGGUGCCUUCUUAAUUCCUUAUUUGGUAAUUCUGUUCCUGAUCGGACGGCCCAUCUAUUACUUGGAGAUGGUGAUGGGACAGUUUUGUAGUCGGGGCUGCGUCAAAAUCUACGACAUGGCUCCGAUUAUGCGAGGUGUUGGCGUUGGUCAAUCGCUGGCGAUGUUCGUGGUGAUGACCUACUACACUCCCGUACUGGCGAUUACGCUCUACUAUUUGAUAUCAUCGUUCAACAGUGAAUUACCAUGGAGUCGAUGUGAUCCUUCGUGGAAUCGGUGUAUCGAUUCGGUUUCUCGAGAGUUCAAAGACGCGAAUGCGUCUCAGAAUAUGAACGUUUCGGCGGAGUUGUUCUUCACCAAAACCGUCAUGCAUAGAGCUCCACUUGCGCAAGGCCUCGGUAUACCUGACAUGGAUUUGACGCUGUGCCUGUUGGCGUCCUGGUUAGUGGUAGCUGUCAUCCUCAUCAAAGGGAUUCGGAGUACUGGGAAGUGUGCUUACUUCCUGGCCAUCUUUCCGUACGUUAUCAUUCUGAUCCUGUUCGUCCAUUCAUGCACUCUGGAAGGGGCAGGGAAAGGCAUUCGGUUCUUCCUAACUCCCGAUUGGAAACAGCUGUUUGAACCUCGUGUUUGGAUGGAAGCCGUCACUCAGUGCUUCUUUUCGCUCUCCAUAUGCUUCGGUGGAAUCAUUGCGUAUUCUUCCUUCAACAACUUCUCCAACAAUGUCUACCGGGACGCCCUGAUCAUCUCCUGGUUGGAUACGUUUACCUCGAUUAUCAUUGGAUGCAUUGUAUUUGGAGUUCUCGGGAAUCUAGCACAUGUAACCAACAAGGAAAACAUUCAGGACGUGGUCAAGCAAGGUCCCGGGUUGACCUUCAUGGCCUAUCCGGAUGCGAUCGCCAAGUUCGAAUACUUUCCGCAGCUGUUUUCGGUGUUGUUCUUCCUGAUGCUGUUCAUCGUGGGUAUUGGAAGCAACCUAGGAGUAGUGACCAGCAUCAUAACGGCCAUCCGGGAUCGCUGCCCAACACUUGAGAACUGGAAAGUUGCCAGCGUAGUCAGCGUGGUGGGCUUCAGUUUGAGUACGAUCUACAUGGCGCCCGGUGGGCUGGAUCUGUUGGACGUGUUCGACAACUACGGAGCGAAGUACGUAACGUUGACGUUCGCUUUGUUUGAACUGAUCACUUUUGGCUGGAUCUACGGGGUGGACAGAAUAUGUCGGGAUAUUCAGUUUAUGCUGAACAUUGACACGAACAAGUUUUGGAGGAUCUGUUGGGGAAUCUUAACUCCAUUGGUGGUGACCGUUAUCUUGAUUGGUUGUCUGGUUGACCACAAACCAGUGGAUGUUCCGGAAGAGUACAACAUUAUUGGAUGGUGCGUUUACGUGCUUGCGGUGAUUCAGCUGCCCCUUUGGGCUAUCUACGCUAUCUUUUCUCAGAAGAAACCCGGCUUCGUCAAUAAAGUGAGAAGCGCCUUCAAGCCAACCAAGUCGUGGGGACCUGAAAACUAUCAUACUAGGAAAGCGUACAAUAUUUAUUUGGAGAAAAUUAGAUCGUCUUCCGAUGCUGAUGAUUGCUCCAAUGCACUGAAAUUCAUUUAUCGAAGAAUUUUUAAGUAGUUUUAGAUCUAUAAGAAAACUAGUUUAUUAUACGAAACUUUUAAAGAUGUUGAUAUAUUUAAGCCAAUUGUAAAUAAACCCAGUAAACCCCC